ACAACCAUGGCCACAUCAAGCAUUCUCACUCCACUCAAGGAGCUCAAAGUCGCCAGACAUCAAAUCCAAGCACAUGGCUUGACACCAAACACAUCAAUCCAGAACAAACCUCUGUUGCUAUACAGAAAUGCAUUCAAGGCAAACACCAGUGCAAGUCAAAUCGAGGACCAUUUGAGCAAAGUGGGCGUGGUGGAUCCAGCAUGGAGCACGUCUCAUGAAGUCCUCGCCAUCUGCAACGGAGAAGCCAAACUGUGCUUUGGCCAUGAAGAUAAUCCAGGUCGCGUAGAGGAGACCUUGAAGCAGGGAGAUGUGGUUGUCGUGCCCGCAGGGGUUGCUCACAGAUUGUUAGAAGAUGUUCAAGGAGGGUUUGAGAUGGUGGGGUCAUAUCCUAGGGGAUUGAGUUGGGAUAUGUGUUAUGGAAAGAAAGGGGAAGAGAGCAGAGUCAAGGGGAUUGAGAAAUUGGGGUGGUUCGAGAAGGAUCCGGUGUAUGGAGAGGGAGGCCCUGCUACGGAGGUCUGA